UUUUUCAUUUGUACCUAACAUCGCAUAAAUUUCCUGAUUCAUCUUUGUCAUUUUUGUACAAAUUCUUCAUUUACCGGUAAUGAAUAAUCGGGGCAGACGAUGUACGUAUCACAUCUGGUGCGAGACAUAAUUCUCGCAGCAGACGAUUGAAAGCUAUAGCUUGUAAUAUUGGAAUGUAAUUGAGAAAAAAUGACAGAUAUUUGCAGAUUGUGAUUUCUGCACGUGCCAAAAUGUAGACUUUUUGUAUGAUGUAAUAUACUCUCGUUGCAACAUUCUGGCAAGAACACGGAAUUAUUUCAAAUUAUUCUCCAGAGAUUGAAGCAUAAACUUUUUAACUUUUUUUCAAAAUGAGGGAAAUUGUACAUUUACAAGUCGGACAAUGUGGGAAUCAAAUAGGUUCAAUUUUCUGGGAAAUGAUUUCUGGUGAACACGGAAUUGACGAGUCCGGGCAGUAUGUUGGUGACUCAGCUUUACAAUUAGAAAGAAUUGACGUUUAUUAUAAGGAAGGAUCAAACCGGAACUAUGUUCCGAGAUCAAUUCUGGUUGAUUUAGAACCUGGAACACUCGACUACGCCAGAUCUAGUGCUUAUGGAAAGUUGUUCCGGCCGGAUAAUUUUGUCGCUGGUUAUGCUGGAGCCGGAAAUAAUUGGGCAAAAGGCCAUUAUACAGAAGGAGCGGAAUUGGUAGACAAUGUUAUGGAUGUGAUCCGAAAGGAGUCGGAAUCCUGCGAAUGUCUCCAAGGUUUCCAGCUCUGUCAUUCCUUGGGAGGCGGAACCGGAUCCGGUAUGGGAACUCUGAUCAUUUCCAAAAUUAGAGAAGAAUAUCCGGAUAGAAUAAUGAAUACAUUUUCUGUUGUACCAUCACCUAAGGUAUCUGAUACAGUUGUAGAGCCGUACAAUUCUACAUUGUCUGUUCACCAGCUAGUCGAAAACACAGAUGAGACAUACUGCAUCGACAACGAGGCUCUCUACGAUAUAUGUUUCAACACUCUAAAAUUAAAAACUCCAACAUACGGGGACCUGAACCAUUUAGUUAGUUUGACGAUGUCUGGUGUCACAACAUGUUUACGGUUUCCAGGACAAUUGAAUGCUGAUUUAAGAAAACUGGCCGUAAACAUGGUGCCGUUUCCGCGUCUGCAUUUCUUUAUGCCCGGCUUCGCACCACUGACAUCACGCGCAUGUCAAGAAUACAGAGCAGUGUCCGUUCAGGAACUAACACAACAAAUGUUCGAUGCUAAAAAUAUGAUGGCUGCUUGUGACCCAAGACACGGACGAUAUUUAACUGUUGCUACUAUUUUCCGCGGACAUAUUUCAAUGAAAGAAGUGGACGAACAAAUGUUAAAUGUUCAAAACAAAAACAGUUCGUAUUUUGUAGAAUGGAUUCCACACAAUGUGAAAACAGCCGUCUGCGACAUUCCACCGAAGGGAACAAAAAUGUCUGGUACGUUUAUUGGGAACAGCACUGCUAUUCAGGAACUUUUUAAGAGGAUUUCCGAACAAUUUACCGCAAUGUUCCGAAGGAAAGCUUUUCUGCAUUGGUAUACAGGGGAAGGAAUGGACGAAAUGGAAUUUACCGAGGCGGAGUCGAAUAUGAAUGAUUUGAUAUCCGAAUAUCAACAGUAUCAAGAUGCAACAACUGAAGAUUUUUGUGAUGAUAUCGAGGAAGAAGAAGAAAUUGACGUUGACUAAUAACAUACUGUAAAUUCAAAAUUUUGCGAUGUUCAAGUUACAGUGAAACCUGGCAAAAACGAACCUGAAUAAACCGAAAACCUGUCUAAACCAAACAUGAUCGUAAGCACCGUCAUAUCAAAUUAUGUGCGUUGUGAACCUGAUAAAACCGAACAUAAGUCCCGAAGAGGUUCGGUUUAGCCAGGUUUCACUGUAUAACAAAAUUUGCGCAAAAUUUGCGACGGGGAACAAGAGUCAUAUUUUAAAUUUCAAAAUCAUUAUUAGUAUUAUUCCACUGCUUAUACAUAUUUUUUAUAAAGUUUUUUUUAUCAAUGAUACAACUCUACACCAGAGGCAAAUUGCUUAAGACGUAGAAGCUAUCAUCAUGGUCUUCAACAAUGAGAAAAAACUACUACCGUAACGCAAGCUUGUUUUUAUGAAAUCGAAGUGAUAAAUUCGCAUGUUAUUGCAAUGUUAUUACAUUUCUGAAUUUUAAAAUUGUUACGUUACAGUUUGUUUUGUUAUGGUUUGCCUUCAAAUUUUGCUUGUUUGUGGUUUUAGUUAUCUAAUUUGAAAAGAAGAGAUAAUAUAGACAUCAAGAUAUUGCUUACUUUCUAAAAUUCCAUUAACAGUGUGGAAGCGAUUGGCGACUGUUCAUUGAAAAUAUAUAAAAAAAAAUGUUUGCAAAAAAAAACUCAAGUCUUUUGUAGACGAAACGCGCGUCUGGCGUAUUAAAUUAUAAUCCUGGUACCUUGAUAACUAUUUUUAAACUGUUAUAUAGUAUUGAUGUUGCUUUUGAAUGAUACGAAUUGCUCACACUAAUUUAUUGACUAAAUAAAAACAAUAUAUUUUAA